CGACAGGUAUCAGCUCCCGGAACACACCCGAAAUGACCUACCCGUAAAUACUGAUAUCAAUAACUUUUGGUUUAAAAAGAAUAUCCGGGAAUACACUUCUUCGGAUAAAGCUAGUGUCCAUAGUAACCUGAGAUGAGAUUGUUUUGGGGGCUUGUGAUUGUCCUGUUGUUGGGGUCAGUCACGCUUUGUAGAGGAUGGCGAGUAGUCCUGAAGGUGGCAGCAGGAGAGGAUGUGUCACCAGCAUCAAGUUUGUAUGAUCUUUGGACCUCAUCUCACAAUCUGAAUGAUGAUGCUGCAGGAAUUGCCCAAGUACAAGAUUCAUACUUUGCCCCAGCUUCACCAUCAUAUAAAUCCAGGAUUGUCAAUAACUGGGCCAAAUCCAACAUUCAAAAUGUGAAGGUUGGUAUGUACAGAGACGGAAUGGAGGUUGUAAGCAUUAUAUUCAAUAGUAGUUGGUCAGACACCAUGACCUCUUGGUUUUCUGAGGAGAACAUCAUUCAACAAGGUCAGCGUUACACUGACCUUUCUCCCGGGACCAUUAAAAACUGUAGCGCUGAUGGCCAAUCUGAUAAAGGACACCGCUUCCUCAUUACAUCCACAACCUCCACAGCCUGCGACGUCAUGAGUGGCUGGAUGGUCGUAAUAGACAAGGGUCGUACAGGACAGUGUCACUGGGACUAUGGAUAUGAAAUGCCAUUUUUCUUGUACUCUCCAAACAGAACCAGUACAACCAUGUUGAAAAUGGUCACCGCUAGCGUUUUCGUUAUUUUUGUGGACGACUGUGUUGACAACCCUUGCCAAUCGGGUGGGACCUGUCAUAAUAACCUGGGAGUGACCCACUGUGUUUGUACUGACCAGAACUAUGGCUACACCUGUGAGACUGUUUGUCCCUGUCAGUAUGGGACCUGUGUGAAGGAACCAGCCAACAGUGGAUCUGAUUCUAGGAUCUUUGAAAUCGGCGGAGAGAAACUGUCCUGCAACUGUACGACAGGGUACACUGGAGUCCAUUGCGACCAAGACAUUGAUGACUGUUUGGGAGACCCCUGUUCAAAUGGUGGAGUCUGUGUUGACGGUGUCCAGUCCUAUAUCUGUGAAUGUCCUGUUGGUUACCAUGGCACCCAUUGUGAACUAACAAGAGACAAGGAAAUUACCAUUCAGAGUACCACUGGGGCGAUCGUCGCUGUAGCCGUGGUUGUCCCCCUUGUUGUCAUUGUCAUCAUCCUUGUGGUCGUCUACGGGAUCUACAUCAAACGUAACCCUGAUGGAUAUGGCCGUGCGACUAUCUACAAACAUUCAGCUAUAGCAAGAGACUUCGUCCGACGCAGUUUCCGCAGGAUUUCUGGUCGGAGAACCCGUCAGAAUAAGGAUCAAUCUUUAAAGGAAACGACAAAAGACAACAAAAAAAUAAUUUCAUCAGAGCAAAUUACGUUUGAAUAUGAUAACUCUGGAUUCAGAGAAGGGGAUGUUGAUGAUGGUUUUGGCGAUGGAGAUAGUUCAAAGCGAGGCUACAGUAGGCAGGAUUCAGAACACAUUGAUCUCACCCCUGAGGACCAGUCAGUUAUUUCUGGCGAAUCUGUCAGAACAAAAACGCCCCCACAUGUUGUUGGGUACACAAAGUACUUGGAUCCUCGUUCCACAGGCAGAUCACACAGUACAAGUCCAAGAUUUGAUAUGGAACACCCUUAUCCUGAAAGUAGUCAAGAUUCAAAUACCAGUGGCUCCCUCUACCAGGAAAUGAAUCCAGGUCUGACACCAGACUAUGGUCCGGCUUAUCAACCUGAAACUUCAUCUCACCAAGAUGGCGUUUCUAUCCAGCUGAAGACCUCUAGUGCUCCACGUCUCGAGUCCAAACGCCCUGAGGCAGCUCCACGGAAUAACAGGGAACAUAAAAAUCAAAAUGUUGUACCCCCGUCUAAUGAUCGCUAUAAUCCAGACAUUCAAAGAAGAUCUGACGAUAGAUAUAAUCCAGAUCCACGGUCCAGCGACCGUAACAAACCUGACAUUGUACCACAUGACAACCAAGGUGGUUACCCGCGUUCAAAUGAUCGUUAUAAUCUGGACGCACAACCUGUCGUCAGAUAUAAACCUCCAUCCCAAUCAGAUGACCGUUACAACACAGACAAUCAGUCAAGGUCGAAUGACCGGUAUAACCCCGACGUUCAGCCUCCUGCCAGAGUGCAGUCUCGACCUGACGAUCGUUACAAUAGUCCCCACUCAACUGAGCAACACACUGCAAGCUCCAAACCACGUCCAGUUAAAUUAGACUUUGAUGCUGACCCGAGAAACAGACACCCAGCAAGACAUACACCUACUAGAGAGAAUCGUCCAUCCGUUGGUUAUUCUCCCAGAAAUCCCACCACCCCAGGGUAUUCCCCAGGAAACCCGACCUCCCCAGGGUAUUCCCCAGGAAACCCCACCUCCCCAGGGUAUUCCCCAGGAAACCCUACCUCCAGGUCCUAUCCUCAGCAUGCCAGGUCCCCUCGCCAGGAAUCUCCACCCCAGGGCAAGAUGAUCCUGGAUGAUGGAGAACCCAUUCGGGAAAUUAGCAUUUAGUGAUAAAUGGAUAUAACACCUAUCAACUCUCACACACAUCUAUCAACUCUUAACACACCUGUCGACUCACACACACCUACCAAUUCUCACACACACCUGUCAACUCUCACACACACCUGCCAACUCUCACACACACCUGUCAACUCUCGCAUACACUGCCAACUCUCACACACACCUGUCAACUCUCGCAUACACCUGUCAACUCUCACACACACCUACCAACUCUCACACACACCUGUCGACUCACACACACCUGCCAACUCUCACACACACCUGUCAACUCUCACACACACCUGCCAAUUCUCACACACACCUGUCAACUCUCACAUACACCUGCCAACUCUCACACACACCUGCCAAUUCUCACACACACCUGUCAACCCUCACACACAUCUAUCAACUCUCACACACACCUGUCAACUCUCACAUACACCUGCCAACUCUCACACACACCUGCCAACUCUCAUACACACAUGUCAACUCUCACAUACACCUGUCGACUCUCACAUACACCUGCCAACUCUCACACACACCUGUCAACUCUCACACACCUGUCAACUCACACACACACUUGUCAACUCACACACACACACA